CUCCAACACACAAACACACACACACACUUGAAGCUUACUAUACAAUCCCGUCCUUGGGUUUUAGGCCGCGCUGAGAUACAGCUAUACAGAUAUACGAUACGACCAGAACAACCGGUACCCGAAAAAGCAAUGGGAAAUAAAUCAUCAAAGAAAACCAACCGUGGAAUGAACCCCCCAGGUACCGAGAAGACUGCGGCUGGUGGCACUGAGGACCCGAAUCCUGGUACUAAGGAUGCACCUGAUGGCACUGUGGAUGUCGGCGCCAAACAAACAAGGUUUACCUCUGAUCGACCCCUUCCAGGCCUGCCACAGAGGUUCCAAUAUUUGGCGCAGUUUAGUUUUGUUGGCACAAACGAAGACGAUUUGUCCUUCAAGAAAGGAGAUUUUUUUCACGUUGAUGAAUCGAGCCAGCACGACGACUGGUGGCUGGCAACUAACAUAGAGACAGGGAAGACGGGCUACAUUCCCAGCAACUAUGUGUGCAAGGAUGAUCAGUCCAGGGAGACAAAGGAAUGGUGGUUUGAUUUUGAUCGAAACGAUUCCAAUAACUUGCUGUUUUCUCCUGGCAUCGAACCCGGCACGUUCCUGGUCCGUGAAGCAUCAGACAAAACGUCCUUUGUGCUAUCUGUGAGAGACCAAGGCAAGGAGCCAAGUGUCAAACACUACCGCAUCCGAAAACUAGACAAUGGCGGCUGCUACAUAAACACAAAGAGAACAUUUCCUAACAUGGUAGAUCUCAUCAACCAUCACAAGAAGCAAGCAGACGGUGUGUGUCUGGUGCUGAAGAAGGCGUGUCCCAAGUCCGCACCCGACGUCGCCUUCCUGGAUUUGGAAGUAGCGCGAGAUGCCCUCACGACGUCUGUACUGCUUGGUUCGGGAUUCUUCGGAGAGGUGUGGAAAGGAAAAUUACAUAACGGGAUCGACGUUGCCGUGAAGUCGCUGAAGCCGGGCACGAUGUCCCCGGAGGCGUUCCUGGAGGAGGCUAUGAUCAUGCACCAGCUGCGUCACAAGAGGCUGGUUCAGCUGAGGGCCGUGUGCAGCAGUGAGGAGCCCAUCCUCAUCAUCACGGAGCUGAUGGUUAACGGCUCCCUGCUGGACUACAUCAGGAAGGAUCAAGGGCAGAAGAUUCGAUUCCUCAACAUCAUAAGCAUGGCAUCUCAGAUUGCUGAAGGUAUGGCGUAUUUAGAGAGUCAGAAUUUCAUCCAUCGAGAUCUGAGAGCGGCAAACGUACUCGUAGGAGAAUUCUAUGACGUCAAGGUAGCCGACUUCGGCCUGUCAAGAAUUCUAGAUGAUGAAGUCUACAAGGCCACAGAAUAUACAAAGUUCCCUGUCAAGUGGACGGCUCCUGAGGCUGUCAAUUUGAGGAUGUUCUCAGUCAAGUCGGAUGUGUGGUCGUUUGGUGUCGUCCUGUACGAAAUGAUCACGUUUGGAAAGGUACCAUACCCAGGUUGGCGAGGAACCGAAGUGCUAGAUAUGAUUGACAAUGGUAACUACCGGAUGCCCAGGCCGACUGGCCCAAUCGUCUACCCAGAUUCCUUUUAUGACGUCAUGCUCAAGUGCUGGAACAAGUACCCUGACGAUCGUCCAACGUUCGCAUUCCUCCACGAGCUAUUUGCUGAUUACCUCGUCUCAACAGAGUCGGCAUACAGUGCUACAGAUGCUAUGUGAUCAUCAACUGAAGUCUCAAGCUCCAUGCCAGCGCGUGGCACCUUCGUUACACUCUCGGUAACAUCAGUGUGGGCGCGGCCAUUACAAGAAUCUUGAAAUUUACCCUCUAACCCCAAAUGUAGUAACGUUCACUAAUUUUGUUUAUGUGUUUGGGAAUGCCAUUUUGAAAAUUCAUUUUGAAAAGG